GGAGACAGACAGAAUUGGAUGGCCCGAGACCUCAAUUCACAGCUUUAAAAGCAGGAGCGGGAUUUGGUGAUUGGGAUAAUUCUGCCCUUGGCCUGGAGAGAGUGAGGUGGAAUAUAGCAGAGUUCAUCUGGAAGUUUCACUCACUGGGAAGAGCAGAGAACUGGGUGAGCUGCUGUUCAGGGGAUCCAGCUGGCAGGCAUGAGGGGCCCGGCCUGCACUGGAGUCUGGCUCUAGAGUCCACAGGGGCUCCCACUUCAACUGGACACAUUCCACAGGACGUGUGCCCAUGAGGUCGUCAUCACUGGUCCUGCUCCUCCUGAUCGGCGUCCAGGCUGUACUGAACAUGGGAGGUGGAUUGGCUCGGUGCGCCGGGGCAGCCAACCACAAAGUAGAACAGCAGACGGCAGCCAAUCACAGAGCAGGACAGCAACAGACAGCAGCGGGGGACCACCAUUGUUCACAGGAGUAUCACAGGACCAGCCACGACAGGACCAAGAGGCCCCAUCAGGCAGCUUCACACACCCAGGAUAAGAGCCCUGUCGUUGGGCACUCUAUGUCGGAUUCCCCCCCUGAUCCCUCCAUCCCAGUGGUGGAUCCCAAGCUCUUCUCCAAGAGACGUUACCGCUCCUCGCCCCGUGUUGUCUUCAGCGAGGUGACCCCAUCACAUGAUGCCCUGGAAGGUGAGGGCUAUGACAUUGAAGGGGUGAGGGGGGUGAGGGUAAGGCGCAGAGCAGGAUCGCGCAUCAUGCACCGAGGAGAGUACUCGGUAUGUGAAAGCAUAAAUACCUGGGUGGGCAACAUGACACGAGCAAUAGACAUGGGUGAGAAUGAGGUGACAGUGCUGCCCAACGUUACAAUCAACAACGUGGUGAAGAGACAGUUCUUCUAUGAGACCACCUGCCGUUCCCCUACGCACAGAGGCUCCGGGACUGCAAACGGGGGACGGACAGGGGGACGGGGUGGAAAACAGGGUCCAAGAUCUGGCAACUCGGGCUGUCUCGGCAUUGACAGUCGCCAUUGGAACUCCUACUGCACCAACACACACAUAUUCGUAAGUGCCCUGACCAUCUUCAAGGAACGGACAGCCUGGCGUUACAUCCGCAUCAACGCUGCAUGUGUGUGUGUUCUCAGCCGGAAGUCUUGGGCGGGACGUCUGGGGCACUGACUGGGGAGGACGACUCCUGACCACUUAAAAGACAAUUCUGGCGCAAAAUGUGAACCUAGGGGUUAAUACCAAAUGUGUACCGAGUC